CAUACAAACAAACGUAUUGUGUUUUUUAAAAAUUAACAGCUGUGCAAAGAUUUUUGUUUAUCCAUUCUUUAGAUUGCAAGGAGUUAAUAUUAUUUAUACAAAACAAAACAGUUUUACAUUUAUGAGUCAUGUCUACGGUGAGUGCCGAUUAUGACGAUCAACAAACCGAUAUAAGUUUAGGAGUGCGCAAGAAAGUUAGCAUUGUCUGGCGUUACUUCGAAAAGUUGGAUCGGUUGCGAGUUCGCUGCAGACUCUGUCGUCAUGAGCAAAACUACCAAGGCACAACAGGAAAUAUUUUGCGGCAUUUGAAAAAUAAACAUAAUAUUGAUGCAACGCUAAAAGGGCAACAAGCAAAUCCUAACUUGGUUAGUAAAUACGUAAAUGAAAUUGAUGAAAAGUCAAAUGUACGGACCGCGGAUGAGGAUUGCAGUGAAAAUGAGUUUCUUAAAAUAGAACCUGCAGAUGUGAGUUCCCCCAGUCGCAGAGUAAGUGAUAUGAGGAGUAAAGGAACACUUAGUCAAGAAGUAUUGGAUCCAUAUACGGACAAUGCGUUGUUUCAUAACUAUGUUGAUGAGCCUCCGAGCAAGAGCAAUGUUUCAAACAUGGAGGGAACAACAAAAUAUUCCGUUGAAGAAGAGCGCAUAAUGGCAGAAAUAGAAUAUUUCCGUGAAAAGGCUGGAUACUAUAGGAUGCAAAAGAAUCUCGUAGCACUACAAGCAAAAAAGAUUAAAUAUGAGCUUAAACAAUUAUAACAAUUUCGGACCUUAACGUUUAGGGAAUUGAUCCACCUUUGACCGCACAAUCGUAUUAUCAUAUCUUAUUUUUUCCCCUUUUUCAAUGAAUUAGUUGUAAGUUUGUUCGUAAAACUAUGUUUUUUGUUUCUGCUUUUGUAUUUGUGCCUGAAUGCAUUAUAUAUUUUUAUAUGAAAUAAAUUAUAUAUUAUCUAUAAAAAGAUAAUAAAGUCGCUUAUACAAACGGAUUUUAUAGUUAUUAAAACUCGGUUUUCGAUAGUUAAUAAUUCGUUAAUAUAAUAUUGUCGGCUAGACGAAUAAGAAUAAGCAUUGUUUAGAAAGGUAUAUUGCGCACUAUUUUUGUAUAGAAUUUUUUUGAAAAUAAAGUAAAAAUAAUUUUUGAUGAAA